AUGUUGAGAGCUGGGUCUUGCAUUGGUCCUGUAAUUGAGAUAGACGAAUGUACAAUAAUAGCUCCCGGUGAACGCUACCAUGGCAAAGUUACCGCCUACAUUCCUCCUGGAAGUGACGGUAACCUAAUUACUGAAAUACAAGGAAGCUGGCCCGAUGAGAUGACGUUUGAGUACAUCAAAGAUCCGCCCUCAACCAGAGUCAUAGCCGUCGUCACAUUUUCCGCAUGGAAUGAGGGAACAUACGCCUUCAGUUUCACAGCUACUGAUAAUAACGGCGCGCAGAACGAUCCAAAAACAGGAAGAUUUGUUGUCACUGUAAAAGAGAAAGUUGUGACUGGAGAAAUUAUGCCACCACAAGUGCUGUCGAAGUUUUCUUACCCUAACUUAACCGAACCAUUGGAUUUAGAACGAGGAGAAUGGUACCUUACAUGCGACCAACCGGUACAGUACCGAUUGCGAGAAGUGCACUCCGUUGAGCGUAAAUCCGCAGGCAAACUGCUGGCAAUGAACGCAGGAAAAAAUCAGCGCGCGGUGCCUGCGGGUUAGAUUUUCUUUGAACAGGUUCUGUGGCACGGAAUAUCGUGUCUAGAACGCCAAAGAACCAUUAUUUGUACUAAUACAAUUCGUUCUUCGUGGGGUAGUUUUAGCUGCAAAAUAAAUAGGCCUAAUAUUUUGACAUAAGGUCAGCUUAACCGGAGACUAUAGCCUAUGCCUAGUACCAGUAGAAUUAUAGAAAAUGACGGGAUUGAGAAUAUUUUUUUUUUAUCAGACUUUUUAAAAUACUUCUCAUCUCAAUAGUUUAGGCCUCUUACAUGAUUUUACCUUUGGAACUCUGUUAUUCAGAUAUUAGGAAUCAUCAUUGCAUGUUUGUAUCUUGGUAGUCGUACGAAAAUUUGUUGCUAAAACCUUUAUUACGAAGGUCAUUUCAGUUAUUUUAAAUUCAUUUUGGAUCAUUUUACGUCAUGUAUGUUAUGUAGACUAGAGUAUUUGGAGUUAAAAUUGAAAUGUUAGUUAAUUGGAUAACAUGCUCCGGUUUUAUCCUAAACCAAAAGAACCAGUUGUUAAUUGUGGUGAACACGAGAUCACUUUCUACCUUCCAAGAUAUAAAUUUGAUGAUAUAGAACCUUUAUUGUAUACAUUUAUUAACAAAUUUUGCACCACAAUGUCAUUAGAAUGUUAUAUUUAAAUAGAUAUUCAACAUGCCAUGUGCGUGUUUUGUAGUGCACUAUAGUCUACGCAUUUCAAGCCCUUGUUAUAAAUUAAUUGAAGACUUUUUUGACAAUUUUUAAUUUUAGAAAAAUUUGCUCACCUUUACCCUAACCAUGCAGAGCAUGGGUAUGGUAUCUACUCACCCACUAACCUUAAAUCAUUUAGAAGGAGGGAUAGUGGCUCUAUAGGUUGUCAGAUGCUAUUUCCAAUCCAGGUGAGGGUUGUUAUUUUUUGAUAUUUUUUUGCCAUGGCGCCACAAUAUUAAAGGAUUAGGGCUUUCUGUUCGUUCAGAUGGGAGGCUAUUAGACCUGUUGGUUUAGUACUCAGCAAACAGGAUCAUGGACUUCUCGUCUAAAAAAUUCGUAGCGAACACUACUUUUACAGUCUCAGGGUGUUUGGAUCUUCAUCGAGAAAUCUCUGGCGCCGUCACAUCAUUACUUUCCGAUCAGAGUGAAGGUGUAAGAGGGACUGGUGGUGAGGUUUCGUCCCCAGUGGCUAGACCAAUUCGAGGGUGGGCGCUAAUAAGGGGUGGGCCCUGAACUAAUAAUUUGUAGUUAGCCUAGUAUGACACUGCUGUCUUUGGCAGCAAUUUUCUCUCAGAUAACUGGCUGGUUGGUUGUGCACCUGUCUGAUAACAUCCAAAUUACGGUAAAACCCGGCAUGUAUGUGAACUACUGUAAACACGUCGUCUCUAAAAACAUCUCCUCAACUAGGCCUAUUGAAGUAGGCCUACGGAAUGGUGUUUCUUCUAAGUGUGGAAAAUGUACAUAGUGUCUCAGGUCAAAUCUACCGAACCAUCAAGAAGUGCGAGAUCGAUGUACAAUCAUUGUCACCGGAAUACGCUGCAUAUCAAAUUGCCAGUACACACUAUCAUUAGCCGGAUUUAUUUGGUCUUCUGCAAAUAAUCGCACGCGGAUAUUUAUUCGGGUUUAUACCACUGAAUCAUCGAAAUUAAAUUAAAUUAUGUUUCUUGUAAAACGAACAAGUAAUUCCCGAACAAUAUUACAUACUUAAAUAUAGUUAGGCCUAAGCAUUAUAUUAUAUUAUAUAAAAAUACAAUCUUUGUGUUUUAUUUAUAGGCCUAUUACGUUUAUAUAGUUCUGAUGCAACCUUUCCGAUAUGUGAGAAAUAAAAGUUUACUGAUGUGUAAUUUAAAAUA